AUUUGACUUUGACGUUGACAAUCGUCGAAAUCGAGCUACCUUCAAAUAAAUGCGAAUUAUUGUGUAAAUUCUAGAAAAGUUUAGAAAAUACUGAGUAAUUGUUCGUGAUUCAACUUGUAUUUUCUUCUCUUGCAUCGGACGAACUAGCAAAUUUUUCGUAUUUAUUCGAGUGAGAGUUGCACCAGUGAGUGUUUGAUCAAAAGUUUGCAAUGGGUUCAAAUCCACCCAACAAUCAAAUUGCUGGAGCGCUGACCUAUCCAGCCUCCAGCAGCAGCAACGUUCAACGUCUUCCUGCACAGCCUCGCCAGCCCAGGAGUUUGCAAGGUCUUCUCAGAUUUGCGAUGGAGGCGACGAAAGCAGAAGAUGCUCCUGGGAAUUCAGAGCUGGGGCCUAUGGAUGAGGAGCGCCGUAGAUUCCUUGAGGAGGCGCUCAAGAGCCUCACGGUGAACGUAGCGGAGGUCCUGCAGAGGGCCAUCAAGGUGCUCACGGACCGGGAGAAGGUAGACAGCGUCCAGUUCGGGGAGGGGCUGCCGGAAGAUGUCGCGAACUCGUUUGACAAUCUGUCGGAGUACAUUGACGAUUUGGACGUCGCCAAUGACUUUUACAAAAUGGGCGGCUUUGCCAUCUUCCCGAUAUGCUACAGCAGUGAGAACGAGGAACUGCGCACCCGAGCCAGCGCGGUUCUGGCAGAACUGUGUCAGAACAACCCGUUCUGUCAGGCCAAAGCUUUAGAGUGCGGCCUGUUGGACGUUCUGCUGCAUCUGGUGCAGUCAGAGCGCGGACAGGCCCUUAUCAAAUGUCUGUACGCUAUAUCUUGUACAUGCCGCGAAUUCGAACCAGCGUGUCACGAUCUCAUAGAGAAGGGCGGAUGCGACGUGUUGGCUGAGCUGCUGACUGCGCACGAGGAAGCCGCCAGGACCAAGGCGGCCUUCCUCAUCAGAUACCUCAGCCAUCACUACCCUGAGGCCAAAGAUAGAUUUAUCCAGAACAAUUUGGUGGGAACAAUCACUGACCAGGUAAAAUGCGGUCGCGACUCCACCACGGAGCAUUUGCUGAGCAUCCUACACACUCUCAUCGAAGGUUCGGAUCCGAGGAUCCUCAGACAAUGCAGGGACCCCGCUAUAGACUUGAAGAAUGUUCUGGAAAACCAUCUCAAGAGUAAAGACCUCCAAGAUGAUACCUAUUUGGAGGAGAAAGAAUAUUGCCAACAGCUGUUGAGAGCGGUCUUUGAAAACUGUCCAGUAGAAGACUUGGAUGAGGAAAUAGCUGAUAGAUAGGGUUAAAGUUUAAUGGAAUGUUGUAACAUGAUCACUGUGACAGAUGUCAAAUGCUGACAUUUUAUGGUCUGUCUUUUUAUGUCAUGAUAAUUGUUCCAUCUUGCUGUCAUAGAGAUCAAGUUAUAUUGAUAAUGACUACAGUUGUGUUAUAAAAAACUGUAAUAAUUGUUUUAAAUAUGAAAUUCUUAAUUUAAUUUUGAAAUUCGUAAUCUCCAGUAUAAGAUUUUUUUUUUAAUUCGUAAUGGCCAGCUUUCUAUUUUCUGUGCUGGCAAGUUAUUAGAGAUUGUUUUUUUUUAUUUAUUAUCAAAAGAAAUGCAUAAAAUGCCGAUCUCAAAAGACAUGAAGGCUUCGUUGCCGAGUACAUUUUUCUUGACGGCCAGCGUGGGCGAAAUUACUUUUUAAUAUAAUUUUUUUUAAAGAAAUCACUAACGUAGGCUUUAUAAAAUCUAAACUGACGCUUUUAAAAUGAAGUGGUGUUUAGCAAAAGCCCGAUUUGAGUUAAUAAUAAUUGUUUUGUUAAUCUUCAAAAUUAAGCAUAAACAAGAAUGAUUCAUAAAACUUUCCAAUGGGAGCUUCUUUGAAAUUUUUCUGAAUCUUCUUCUAUGACGCGUUAUUUUUAAUUUUAUUUAAUUAAGCGAUGUAAAUAAUUCCUGCAAACAAUAAAAAUGUUUUCCUUUUAUACAUGA